AUGUCGUUUUUGCAGAAUGUUCUCGGGCCAGUUAAUAACGGCCAACCAGGAUCAGAAGCAGAAACGAUGUUAAAUAACAUUACUCAAGGAAUUGAUGUCCGAGAAUCGAUUCUUACUUUUAAAGAUUCAGCUGAUGAUUGUUGGGAAAUGGUAAAUGAACCCGCCUUCCGACAAUUCAUUCAAGCGAUCAAGACAUUCAAUUCUGACGACGAAUUGCUCGCAGCUAUACUUUUAAUUUUCAAAUUCUGUGUUUCAGGUGAUGACUACAAGUAUCGAGCUAAUGCCGGCAUUCUAUCAGAACAGGAUGCAUUGGGCACCAUCUUUACGUGCUUUAAUAGAAAUUCUCCUAUGAUUCGAAUUGGAACAUUAAGUUUACUUUUCCGAUUAACUCGUUUGAACGGCGCUGAAGUCCAGAAGGCAAUAUUAAACCAACAGGAAGUCCAGAAUACAUUUUUCUCGCUUCUAGACGAAAAUAACGAGCAAUUUAGAACAAACUAUUUAAGAUUGAUUCCAGAGAUUGUAAAAUCAAACACGGAAUUACAAAACUUAUUCUCAUUCUACUUCACAGACCCUAUUUCUGCCUUGAUUGAUACAAAUCCAAAUGAUUCUUUGGCCGCGUUAACAUCUUUUCUACAAUCUAACACUAAAUCUCAGCAAAUGUUUGUUCAAACAGAUAGUUUGCAAAAGCUUAUCAAGCCAUUACAGAACGAUAAUCCAAAUGCUAUUGAUUUUAUCCAAAUAUUGUUCAGUUCAUCAGUCAGCAACGACUUCAGAGACGAACAAUACAUCUCAGGUAUAUUACAAGUUAUUAUUGAUCACUCAAUGCGUCCAGGUCCUCAACAAGAUCGAAUGAUUUACAUUUUAGGCUUAAUCAUCAAAGGCAACACAACAUCAUGUUCUAAAUUACAAAACUACAUUCCGAACCUUGUUCGAAACUCUAUUUCAAGUGAAGAUUCAAAAAUCAGGUCAUCCACUGUUUUCUGCAUCGAAUGUUUCAUCUACAAAUCGGAAUCAGCCGCAUCUAUCAUUGCUAAAGAGAUCAUUGAAACACAAGGACUUUCAAACAUUUUACACAAUAUUAACGAUAAAUCAUCACAAAUUCUUUCAAUUCUUACAUUGGCACGUUCAUGUUUAUUUGCGAAACGUGAUACAUUAACAAUCUUCUAUGGUAAAGAACUUUAUGGUUCUCCACCUGGUGAUUGUUUUUUAACACACGUCAUUAACAUUAUCCAGAACAUCAAAGACAAGAAUCAUGUUCUCCUUAUUCCAUCUCUUCAGUUUGUCAUUUCUGCUAUCUGGGAAUCUAACAUGGCUACAAAAUUCUUUGUUUCUAAAAUUGUCAUUCCAGGUUCAAACAAGGUUUCUGCACAUGCAUUCCUUAUCUCUACAUGCAAAUCUAGUGAUACAUCAAAGGAACUUCGAUCUAUCAUUGUCAUCACUCUUUUAGAAUGUUUAUUGUUGAAAGUUCCACAAAACGAAUGUUUUAAGGAACUUAUCCGGACUAUCAAAGCACAUUUAUCUAUGGGCGAACUUAAAGAUAUCAUGAAAUGGUAUCUCAAGACAAUUAUCGAUUCGGAAGAAUCUACAUGGAACAAAUUUGUCCAAAAGAUCAUGUUUAUUUUGGAUGAAAACUUCGAUAAUUUGUUGAAUGAUACCGAAAUCCAAGUUAAUGAUUCCGCACUUGUUAGUAUCCAGAAAGCUCGAAUCGACGAACUUGAAAAGAAAUUCGAACAAACACAACAAAUCAUUGAUGAAAACAAAGAAUUAAAAGAUACGUUAAAUUUGUUACAAGAAGAAUUUCAUGCAUACGAGAUGACCAUUCAGAGUUACGAAACAACAUUAAAUGAAAAGAACCAAGAGAACGAUAAACUUCGACAGAAACUUGAAAGCAAAGGAAUUUUCAAUCAAGAAACAGAUAAAAAAGAUGAAAAUGAAAUCAAGUUGAAACAAUUAAAUGAAGAUUAUGAAAAUUACAAAAAAGUUACAAAUGAAAAAAUUCAACAACUUGAGAAUACUAAACGACAAUUGCAAGAACAGAUCAACAACCAACCUAAACCAGAAGGAAACCUUGCAAUGCUUCAGAAAGAGAAUGAAGAAUACCAAAGACAAAUCAAUGAACUUAAAGAUUUGAAAACAGAAUAUUUGAAAUUGAUUGAAGAAAAACGAGAAACCGAUGAAAAAUACAAUAAAGAAAUCGAAGAACUGAAAGAUCGAAUCAACAGAGGUGAAGGUGGCGACGAAGUUGUUGAAGAACUUGCUAAAGAAAAUGAUGAAUUAUCUAAAGAAAACGAAGAAUUGAAAGAAAAACUCAAGGAUAUUAAAAGCUCAGAAGAAAUCGAAGAAUUAACAAACCAAAUUGAAGAAUUAGAGAAAGAACUUAACGAAAAGAAAGAACAACUUGAACAAACGGAGAACGAACUGACUCAACAAAUCGAAGAAAUCGAAGAAGAAAAAUCGGAAGAACUGAAGAAGAAAAAUGAAGAAAUUGAACGACUUCAGAACGAAAUCGAAGAACUGAACAAAGAAAUCAAAUCAUUGACAGAAGAAAUCGAUGAUCUUCAGGAAAAACUAGAAAAUGCUAAGAAAGAAAUCCAAGAAUUACAAGAAUAUGCCGAAAAAUCACAAGAAAAUGAUAAACAAACAAUCGAUGAAUUAAAAGAAAAACUGAGAUUGGCAAAUGAAACAAAAGUCACGGAUUCAGAUACAAAAGUUUUAGUUGAAUCUAAAGAAGCAGCCGAACAAAAAGUUUUAUUAUUAGAAAAAGAAAUUUCGGAUCUUAAAAUUGAAAUCGAAGAUCUUAAAAGUGUUAUUGAUGAAGAAAACGAACAGAAGGUUUCAAAUACAGAAGCAGAAAAUCGUAUUCACGAACUUGAAUCAGAAAUCUCAGAACUUAAGAAAGAAUUAGACCAAAACAACAACCAACAAAACGACGAAAAAAUCGAAAAACUUCAGAAAGAAAUUGAAGAUCUUAAAAGUGUUAUUGAUGAAGAAAACGAACAGAAGGUUUCAAAUACAGAAGCAGAAAAUCGUAUUCACGAACUUGAAUCAGAAAUCUCAGAACUUAAGAAAGAAUUAGACCAAAACAACAACCAACAAAACGACGAAAAAAUCGAAAAACUUCAGAAAGAAAUUGAAGAUCUUAAAAACGAAUUGGAAUCUUCUAAAGCAGAAAACGAAGAACUUCAAAACGAAUUCGAAAAGGAAAUCGACCAAAUUUCACAAGAAAAACAAAAUCUUGAAUCUCAAAUUAAAUAUUUACAAGAGAAAGGGGACAAGAGUGAAAUUAUCGACAAAUUGAAUCAAACAAUCGAAGAACUAAGAGCCAAAGUUGAACACAUGUUCACACAAGAAGAUAUUGAUGAAUACAAAUCAGAAAUCGAAAAUCUCAAGCAAGAAUUAUCAAAUAUUGAAAAAUCAAAACAAAUUUCAGAAGAAAAAAGUCAAGAUUACGAAGAAAUUGUCCAUGAACUUGAGAACAAAUUGGAAGCGAAAGAAACAGAACUUUCAAAACUCAAAUCUGAUUUCGAACAACAAACAAGAGAAAUCGAAACAUUGAAAGAAAACAUCACAAAUCUUGAAAAUGAAAUGGAAAUAGAAAAGAAGAAUCGAAAUUCAGCAGAUAACGAAAAAAUCAGUCAUUUAGAAAAACAAAUUUCAGAUUUACAGAACAAGUUACAAGAUAAAAUCAAGUCACAGAACGAAAUGGUUGAAAAAUUCAAGCGAGAUUUCCAAGAAAUGCAAGCAAAAGAUCAGAAAAUCCGAGAAGAAGAAAGUCAUGCAAGUCAAGCGAAGAUUGAAUCAUUGAAUGCUCUUCUUAAACAGUCUAAAGAAGAAAACGAUGCUCUCAAAAUGAACCAUGAAAUCAAGCUGAACAAGAUUUCUGAAUUUACAAAAGAUUUAGAACAAAAAGUUAAAUCUAAAGAACAAGAAAUCGAACUUUUAACACAACAGAAUUCAGUUUGUUCUAAAGAAAUCAAUGAUUUGCAUAAAAACAACUCUGAACUCAAAAAGCUUUCGGAUGAAUUACAAAGCGAAAACAAUGUUUUGGAAGAAAAACUCAAGCGAUUAAUGAGUGAAUUGAAAUUUUUACAAGAAACAUCAGUCAAAAACACAGACAACCAAAUCACAAACUUGAAUUCCAAGAUCAGUGAACUUUCAGAAGAAAUUAAUAUUCUUAAAGAGAAAGAGAUCAAAUUAACAAAAGAAAUUGAAAAAGUCACCUCAGAAAAGAACAAAAUCAUUCAAGAUAAUGAAGAAGUUGUCAAUCAACUUAUGUCCGAUUUAGAAGAUUUAAGAAGAAAGAACAUUAAUUUGGACGAAUUAGUUGAAAACUUGCGCAAAGAAAUUUCAGAAGAAAAAUCUAAAUAUGAACGAGAUACAACCAAAUUAAAUGAAACAAUAUUACAAUUGAAUAAUACUGUUUUUGAAAUCAAGAAACAGAAUGAACAGUUGAAUUUAACUAUCUCAGAUUUGUCAACAUCAAACAAUUUGAAUAGUGAAAAAGUCACCCAAGAAAUCUUAGAAUUAAAUGAGAAGAUUUCCAAAGCUAAAGAAGAAAAUGAUAAUUUAUCACGUCAUAUCGAAGAACUCAACCAACAACUUGAAUCAGCGAAUGAAGAAAAUUCCAAACUUUCCAAGACUAUCGAAGAAGAAAAAACUAAAAACUUAAAUUCAAGUGAAAAAUCAUUCUCACUUGAAAAAGAAGUUGAAAAGUUACAAGAAGAAAAGGAAAUUUUUGUUGAGAAAUCAGAAGAAGAGAAAAACAAACUGAAAAGUGAAGUUACCACAUUAACAGAAAUUUCAGCAAACUUGAAGCAAGAAAUCGAAAUAUCAAAAGAACAAAAUGAAAAACUUAAAUCAAUGUUAAGUGAAGUUGAAAGUAACAAUGAAGAAUUGAAACAUACUAUUGAAGAAUUGUCAAGUCAAAUCAAUGAUUUACAAACACAAAACGAUAAAGUUGAAAAACAAAUCGAAAACCUGAACAAAACGAUUGAAGAAAAAGAUGAAACUAUCAAUAAGAUGAUUGCAAAUUCUGAUGAUAGCGAAAAACGAGACAAUGAGAUGAAAGAACUUUUCAACAAACAAAACAACAAGAUCAAUGAAUUGUCCAAAUUAAUCGAAUCAAAGACCUCUGAAAAUGAUAAACUUUUAUCAGAAAUCAAAGACUUGAACAAAGAAAACGAAGAACUUGCAGUUCUUGUUGAUGAAAAAGAAGACGAAAAUCACACAUUACAAGUGAGAAUUGACGAAAAAGAUUCCGAAAAUUCACAACUGAAAACAGAUCUUUCUGAUAUCGAAAACAAACUCAAUUCAGGAAAAGAAUUAUUAAAUCAUACAAUUGAUGAAUUGACUAAAUCCAUUGAAUCUAAAUCUAAUGAGAACUCUAAGUUGAUGUCCGCUAUUGAUCAAUUGAACAAAGAUCUCGAAAAUAAGAACAAAAUUACGGAAGAAAUUGCGAAUAAAAAUGAAGAAAACGAAUCAAAACUAUUAGAUUUGAACAAAGUUGUUGAAGAACUUAAGAAACAGUUAGAACAUGUUUUGAUUGAUAAUGAAAGUGAGAAACAAGAAAAAUCUGAUACCGAACAAAAACUUCGCGAAGAAAUCGAAAUUAAAGAGAAAGAAAUUGAUAAAUUGAAGAAACAAAAUGAUCAACAAAUUGAUCACUUCACAACACAAAUUUCACAAAUUAAUGACGAUCAUAACAAUGAAAUUGACCAAAUCAAUGAAGAUUAUCAAACACAAAUUGAUCAAAUUAAACAUGAUCAUGAAAGAGAAAUGAACAAAUUAAAAGAAAAUCAUCAACAUGAAAUCGAAAGUUAUAAACAAAACAUUGAAGAUUUAGAACAUCAAUUCAAAGAAAUUGGUUGUAAAAAUGAUGAAUACUUCAAUAACUUAAUUGAUCAAAUCAACACUAAAAAUAAAGAAGAAAUCGAAAAAUUAAAUGUUCAGUUCACAUCACAAAUUUCAGAAAUCAACGAGAACCAUAAGAAUGAAAUAGAACAGAUUAAUAUUAAGAAUCAAGAAGAAAUUAUGAAGAUCAAUUAUCAAUUCACAUCACAAAUUUCAGAAUUAAAUGAAUUGAAAGAAGAAGAUAAUAAGAAAAUUUAUGAACUUUGUCAAGAUAAUUCAGAAAAGAAGAAAGAAAUUGAUCGAUUGAAUAAAGAAAUCGAAGAAUACCAUAACAUGAAUCAUCAAAGAGAAAACGACAACGAAAAGAAUCUGAUAGAGAAAGACGAAAUAAUACAAAAACUGAACAAAACGAUCAAAGACAAACAACGAGAAAUUGAUUGUUUGAACGACCAAUUAACAGAAAAAGACGAAUCAUCAGAAGAAAACGAUAAAUUGGUUAAAUUUAUUUCAACACUGAAAGAAAGUCUUUCUUCAAAAGAAAAAGAAAUACAGAAUCUGAAGAAACAAAACGAAGAAAUCCUUAAACAAAACAAUGAUCUUAAAUCAUUGAAUGAACAACAAAAUGAUGAUAAACAAAACAAUGAAAAUGAUAUUGAAAUUAUGAAGAAAGAAAUCAUGAAAUUAAGAACAGAAAACAAAGAUUUGAAGAACCAAGUUUCACAACAACACAAAGCUCUUGUUAAACUCGCUAAAUCUCUCGAAAACAAGAACAAAGCAGAAGAGAAACUAAAACAAGAAUUACAAAACAUUUCUAAACAAAACAUCGUCAAGAACGAAGAAGACAAAUUAACAUUGCUUGUCAAAGACAAAGACAAUCAAUUGCAGCGAUGCAGGAAAGAGUUAACUAAUGCAUUGCAAAAGGCUGCUCUCUACAGAGCAGGAUUGCGUUCUUCGCAGAAACAGAUAAUAGAGAUCAAGAAGGAAAUCGAAGAUUUCAAGUCUUCCGUUUCUUCAGAAGACAUUUUACACGAAAGAUGUCUGUUCCUUCGUGCAAGACCAGCUUUGCUUGCUGCACUCACAGAAACAGAGACACAGAAAGGAGAAAUAGAAGCUGUCGAGUUGGAGUUGAAUGAUACGAAGGACUCUCUCGCAAAAGCACUAAAAGACAACAGAGAUUUGUCUUCGCAUAUUGUUGAGAUGAGGAAGACAAUCAAACUAUUGAAGAAGACAGCAAUCACACUGGAAGAAAAGGUCAAAGAAAAAGACAGUGGAAGAGAACAGAUCGAAGAGAAAGUUAAGGAACUCGAGAAGAAGAACUCUUCUGCACUACGUCUUAUUGGAGAGUUGUGGCAGAGAAACCAAACCCUUAUCAAUGCAAUGCCAAAAGACUUGAAGAUCUAA